AUUCUCUGGAACACAUUGACUGCGAUAGACAUCUUCAGAGGACGUACCUAUGCCAUCCAUCUGUUGAGUUCAUCAUACAUCGAAUACUCGAGAUACCAAGCAGUUGCUAACCCCAAUAGGCAAUUCGUAUAACUUGCAUGUUGGCAGGAUUCCGACGUCAUCGUCCCUUUGUGCGACACAGACGUACAUAUCGCAAUCAAAAUCCGUCUAGUUGACAUGACGCGGAAGGGAAAAUGCGAUGUAUGUAGAGUCCGAAAAGUAAAGUGCGACGAAGGAAAACCCUCAUGCGGGCCAUGCCAACUGGGAAAGCGAACAUGUAGCUACUAUGGGAAGCCCAAACGUUCAGAGUUCAAAUUCGUCGUCGAGGAUCCGAAUCAGUACACCAACUAUGGGCGAUCCAAAGUCGUCCCGAUUGUCUAUCCACUCACAGAUGCUCCCGAUGAUGCGCAGUCUGGGCCGUCUUCAAGUCAAGAUCCUGCAGGCGACGUGGAGGCUAUCAAUGAGGAGAUCGACACUCGACUGGCUUCCAUGUACGAUGUAGAAUUUCUGUCGAGAUCAAGACUCUCAGCUACUGGAUCAACUGAAAGUCCCGGCAGUGAUAGACAAGUUCAGCGGUUAAGGAGUGUCUCUUCAAUGCCAUAUCAAUCCAUCUCUCCACAGCCCUCGCCUGCAGGUACUAAUCUCGCUACAAGAUUCAUACGGAUCCUCUCACCACAUGAUCCCGCUUGCAACCCUUUCGUGGCGGAAGCGUCUUGGAUUACCUCCAUCCCCGGCCGCAUUGGCUCCAGCACUGUGCUCGAUUCCGCUAUACAGUUCUCUCUCGACAGCUUGAAUGCUCAGAAGAACCCCACGGCAUCAAAUGCCAAGGCGGCAAGACGCUCUAAGGGUAGAGCGAUUGAAGUCUUGCGCAAUCAAGUUCACGGCUCGUCGUCUGUGCCGCCUCUGAAUGUAGUUCUGAGUAUUAUUUUACACAUGUACGGAGAGAUGUUCCUAAACGAUGGCAGUCUUCUUGGACUUUUCCAACAUGGCGAUGCAGCGACGAAUCUACUGAGGUUAGGAGACGAGUCGUGGCGGGGGGAUCCUGAUUUCUGGAAUGUCAUUUUCACCGCUUACGAAGCAGAGGUUGGCUCGGGACUCUACACAGACAGGCGUUCGAAGUACGAUACUCCGUUCUUCCUCGCGGCUACGAACCCGCGUAUAAUUACACCAGAUCUCAACCACCCGUCUGAUGUUUUCCGCCUUACCAGUAUGGCACUCAUGCACGUCUGGAUACAGAUACCUCGACUUAACUGUCUCGUUCGCGACGCACGCGCCGGACCAUUCAGCCUACGGAGGAUAGCAGCCGCGAUAUCUCACGCAGAAUCGCUAUGGGAAGCCGAGCCAUCAAAACUCAUGGCUUCCUACCUCGCCGCCAACACCACAACCCGACACGUCCCUCCGUCCCAGGAAAUCAACGACGUCGUGAGCACAUCACUACAUUUCGAUUCGAUUCAAGCACUCCGGCAUCUUCUACGGUACUGGUUGGUCAGAAACCUACUCUGCGGACUCACGUUAGCACUGUACCAGUCGUUUCCCGCGCAAGCCACAGCUAGUCUGCUGCCGAGGCUAGACGACGUUCGAGAAAUGGACGUCCGGGCGGCGCAUUGCACUGCGCAGUCCGUCCCAUGGGCACUAAGCGCGGGCUCCGCUGGGCUCGGCGCGCCCAUGGUCCCAUUCUGCGUGCAUUCGCCGUUGGUAACGUCCACGUUGCCGUGGCUGAGGAAGACGAAACGGCUUCGAGAGGCGGCAAGGUUGGAGGAGGAAGGGUCGGAGAGAAGAGGGGUGAUAGAUGAUGAGGCUGCGUCAAUUCAGCGGGUUUUGGAUUGGCUGUUGCAUACGUGUGCGAAGGUGCAAGAGAGGUGGGGAUUCCCGCGCAUCUCGCAGACGGAGUGUGAAAUCACAGAGGGUAUUGUUACGGGGGGAUUGAUCUCGCCUGAGGUUGAGACAUGGAGGCGAGUUCGGAGGAAUAGGAAGAGAAGGGCGGAUCAAGGUGUGUAGGGGAAGAUUUGGGUGAUGAAGAGAGGCAUCGUGAGUCGUGAGUAUGGACUUGACUUCCACUUGAGUAGUUAUGUAGAUAGUUUAGUUAGUGAGUCCUUCAUUAGCAAGUGAACUGCAGGUAACAUUCGAUAUUAUAAAGUUUGGCGUUAAAUGUAGGAUAGUGGCUUGCGUAAAACUUCAUAG